UGCUUUCUGAAUCCCCUCCGAGCCAAGGAAGGAGGUCCCUCUCGUUCCCUCUUUCUCUCUCUCUCUCUUUUAAAGGACCUCGUGAAAUAAAAGUGCAGAAAACAAACCCAAGGCAUUCGUCACAGCAGCCGCGGCGGCAGCAGCAGCAGCAGCAGGAGGAGGAGGAAAAGUUGGAGUCGGGGCAGGCGCUCCGGAGUGGCUGAGCUCCGCUCGUCUCCCAUUCAUUAAGUCACCAGCAGCGGAGGAAAGUGGCCGAGCGCCCGCGCUGCCCACUCGCUCGCUCGCGCACACAGGCACACGCCAGCCCAGCGCGUCCCGAGCAGCGCAGCUCCGCACCAGUUCCUGCUGGGGAUUUGGCUCUCUUCCCCCUUGGACUUUCGAACGAUUUGGGGCUGAGAGAGGAAAGAAAGCAGAAGCACACACGGGAAGCAGAAAACACCACCGUCUGCAGCUGGAGGCAGGCAGCGAAGCCACAGCCUCUCCGCCGCUCCCCAAGCCGGGGCCGACCCGCCACUCGCCCUAGCAGCCUCGGCCAGGAGGCGACCCCAGCGUCUGGGUGUGUGGCUGCUGUCCGCCGGGCGUCUUCGCGGGGCGGGAGGCUCGCGCCGCAGCCAGCGCCAUGCAGAACUACAAGUACGACAAGGCGAUCGUCCCGGAGAGCAAGAACGGCGGCAGCCCGGCGCUCAACAACAACCCGAGGAGGGGCGGCAGCAAGCGGGCGCUGCUCAUCUGCCUCGAUCUCUUCUGCCUCUUCAUGGCGGGCCUUCCCUUCCUGAUCAUUGAGACAAGCACCAUCAAGCCUUACCACCGAGGGUUUUACUGCAAUGAUGAAAGCAUCAAGUAUCCUCUGAAAACUGGUGAGACAAUAAACGAUGCUGUGCUCUGCGCCGUGGGCAUCGUCAUCGCCAUCCUUGCGAUCAUCACGGGGGAAUUCUACCGGAUCUAUUACCUGAAGGAGAAGUCCCGGUCAACGAUUCAGAAUCCCUACGUGGCAGCCCUCUAUAAGCAAGUGGGUUGCUUCCUCUUUGGCUGUGCGAUCAGCCAGUCCUUCACAGACAUUGCUAAAGUCUCCAUCGGACGCCUGCGUCCUCAUUUCUUGAAUGUCUGCAACCCUGAUUUCAGCCUGAUCAACUGCUCCGAGGGCUAUGUUCAGAACUACAAAUGCAGAGGCGACGACAGCAAAGUCCAGGAAGCCAGGAAGUCCUUCUUCUCUGGCCACGCCUCCUUCUCCAUGUAUACUAUGCUGUAUUUGGUGCUGUACCUGCAGGCCCGCUUCACUUGGCGAGGUGCCCGCCUGCUCCGGCCCCUCCUGCAGUUCACCCUGAUCAUGAUGGCCUUUUACACAGGACUGUCCCGGGUAUCUGACCACAAGCACCAUCCCAGCGAUGUCCUAGCAGGAUUUGCUCAAGGAGCCCUGGUGGCCUGCUGCAUAGUUUUCUUCGUGUCCGACCUCUUCAAGACCAAGAUGACACUCUCCCUGCCUCCACCUGCUAUCAGGAAGGAAAUCCUCUCACCUGUGGACAUUAUUGACAGGAACAAUCACCACAACAUGGUGUAGGUGCCACCCACCUCCUGAGCUGUUUUUGUAAAAUGACUGCUGACAGCAAGUUCUUGCUGCUCUCCAAUCUCAUCAGACAGUAGAAUGUAGGGAAAAACUUUUUGCCCGACUGAUUUUAAAAAGAAAAAAAAAAAAAAGUCUUACUUUUGUGGCCUUCCAAAAUAGGUAGUUCUCACCUAUAUGGAAACAACAGCAAACUAACACCAAGUGCCGGAACCCUGGAUGUGCAAUUGGUUGAAGUGUUCAUGUUCUAGUGAACACCGGCUUGUUCUGGAACAGACACUAAAAUGUUUUGAGUAGAGUCUGACGGUCACUUUUGUGACGGAGGCACCCCAGGCCUGUGAGAAAAGCUCAAAUUCACAUCGUAGCACACAAUGCCAGAAAUAGCACUGAACCCAGAAAAUAGCCAUUGUGGGGGGGGCUCCCCUCCUGUGCCUCUCUUUGUCCACACCACUCUAUCUCUACUGUGACUUUGGUUCAGGAAGUUUUUGUUUGUUUUUAAAGUAUAAAGAAAGAGCCAGUUUGCUCAGUCAAGUGAUCAGAUCCUGAAUUCCAAUUCCCAGACCGAAGGCCUUAUCACUCACGUCCCAGCUCAGAGGCCAGCACCACAUCCCUCCACACUAGUGAUUAGGAGACUCUUUGUGGAUGAGUGAAUUUCACAAAUAGCACAAUUUCAGAAGAGAUGGAGGGCACAGGCCCUCAUUUGUCUUUGGACGCAUCAUCCUGUGAUGUUGAAACGGCGGUUGCAGAAUACUGAUGUUAUGUACAUCAAUCACCCGGGCACUUGCACACUCUUAGUAACGGUUAGCUUCAGUUACUGCUUUCUCCCUUGAAAUCCUUGCUCUGUACCCACCGGGAUUUCCUGUGAGGGUCUGGAGAUGAGCCAAGGCAUGGUCUGCCACCAGCUGAUGGAAAGCAGCCUUCCGUACAAGACAGGAGGGAGUGAAGGGGCAAGAAUGAAAAAUGAACCAACCUUUUGGCUACUCCAAGUCAGAAUGAGCCAGAGUAGCAGACGGUCUCAUGCCUGAGCGGCUGCCCUUCUCGAUAAUGGAGCUGACGAGGGUCUCUAUGGGAGUCUAUCUUGCUAAGCUGUGUAAAGCACUAUGGUCUUGGGGUUGAUCUCUAGGACAGUUCUUGAUAGGUUCUGCUGGGCAGAACACAUGGGUUAAAUCUCCGUAAAGAGUUUUCCUCAUCCUCUAUCCAUAAGUGUCCUCCCACCACACAAGGUCCCACUCUAGGUAGUAGACAGGGACCCCUUCUACUGAACAUUUGAGGAAAAGAGGAAAGAAGAAAUGCUUUCAAAUCUUGGAUGCAAACCUUUCAAAGGGCUAAUGUAACCACAUGGAUCAACUACAAGCACAUUCUUACCACAGAAGCCGUCCUUUUCAUUUCAACUUAUAGCAAGCUAUGAUUUUUAUAUAUAAAUAUUAUAUAAAUAAUGUAUAAAACAUUAAAAGUUAACUAUGUAAAAUAUUAUUUCUGAAACAAUUUUAGCUAUAUCCACUAUGAUUAUAAACUGUGUCUCGACCUGUGUUAUUUACAUUAGCUGCUUAAAAAAGCAUUGAGUUAAUUUUGUUUAAUAUCAACUAAAAUAUCAUAGUUCUGUGGUAGACAUUGUUUUACAGUAAAAGAAAUAACUGCAACUAGGGAAAACUGUAUAAAAACAUUAAAUUGUCAGUAUUUUUGUAAGGUCCAUUUUGUAAAGAGAAUAAUAUUCAAAGACUUUUGUAGAAUACAAAGUGAAAACUUGUAUCUGCGAAACUAUACUUGUAUUAGAUGUGCUUUUUAAAUAAAAGCUCAUAACACAACUAA